ACUCCGCCGCCCGCGCCGCUGAUGCCGUCGAUAACGGCUUAUGGCAAUUAUGUAUUUUUAUUAAGUCGGGCGAGCCGUCACAUGCACCGCUGUCGCCACCGCACCGUCCCGCUGGCGUCCAGUACGCGACCUUAGUUUUAUACUUAAAUUCUAUAUUUACACGUCAUUGUUUUUGGCACCAUUUCGUGAUUUAACUUUGCUGUUUUGUUUUGAUAGCGAUAUACGUGUUUUGUAAUAAAAUUAUUAAACUAUUUUGUUUGCUGUGCGCGUGAGUGACUGUUCCUAACUCACUGAUAAAAAUCGAUUUUGCCAAAUAAUAUUUUAGCCAGUGUAUGUAAUGCUGAAUUCUAGUGUUGGUAAAUAGUUAUUAACAUCGAUUACAAGUUUAAUACAAUGCAAGUAAAGUUAUUGUUAACUGCGAUACUCGCAUCGCUAUCGGUAAUCGAUGCUUCUAGUAUCUUACUGGUGUUCGCACUCCCAGGAAAGAGUCAUGCGAUUCUAGGUGACGGCUUUCUGCGAUGGUUAUUGGCAGCUGGACAUCAGGUGACUUAUAUCACACCAUUUCCGAAAAACAGUAUGCAUCCAAACCUGACUGUGGUAGACGUUAGUCGCAACUUGGAGUUAUUUCACGAAAACUUGAUUAAUAUAAAAGCGAUAUUUGAAAAAAAAGUAGAUAUGGACAGUAUGGACAACUUAUUUCACUUAAUGACAAACGUAGGGAACAGAACUUUUACAAAUGACAAUGUACAGAAAAUUGUAAUGGAUUCUUCGCAAAAAUUUGAUGCUGUCAUAGUGGAAUGGCUGUUCUGGGAAGUGGCUAGCGGAUUAUCAGCGGUGUUCGAUUGCCCGUUGAUAUGGUUUUCAACAGUGGAACCUCACUGGAUGGUCACAAAGUUGAUCGAUGAAAACUUAAAUCCAGCUUACAAUCCCGAUUUUAAGACGGGGAACAUACCGCCGUUCACCUUCACGCAACGGGUCCAAGAACUAUGGAAACAAAUUUACAGAAGUGUUUACUUGGAUUUGUUUUUUGUGCCCAAAGAAGAGGAACUAUAUCAAGCAGUAUUCGGCCCAGCAGUGGCUAUAAGAGGAAAAUCGUUACCCUCAUUUCAUGAUGUAAGAUUCAACGCGUCUCUGAUGUUGGGCAAUUCACAUGUUUCGCUGGGACAAGCAACAAGAUUGCCUCAAAGCUAUAAGCCAAUAGGUGGAUAUCAUAUUGACCCCGAUGUUAAACCUCUUCCGGAGGAUUUGAAAAAAAUCUUCGAUAACGAGAAACAUGGCAUUAUAUACUUCAGCAUGGGCUCUAACUUAAAAAGUAAAGAUUUACCGGAAAAAUUAAAGAAAGAUUUAUUGAAAAUGUUUGGAACACUGAAAUAUACCGUCCUUUGGAAAUUUGAAGAAAUACUUCCGGAUUUACCCAGAAAUGUUCACAUCAUAAAAUGGGCACCUCAGCCCAGCAUUUUGGCUCAUCCAAAAACGAUUCUGUUUGUAACCCACGGAGGCCUGCUGUCAACUACUGAGACUAUUCAUUUUGGAGUGCCGAUCAUCGGUAUACCAGUAUUUGCAGAUCAAUUUAACAAUGUCGACAGAGCCGUAAAUAAAGGUUUCGCAAAGCGAGUCGACCUCUCCUAUACCAUAGCUGAUGAUCUAAAAGCAGCUAUUGUGGAAAUCACUAGCAAUCCCCGGUAUGCAGCGAAAGUGAAGGAGUUAUCCCUAAUAUACCACGAUCGACCAGUGUCUCCAGGCAAGGAACUGGUGCACUGGGUUGAGCAUGUUAUCAAAACUAAAGGGGCGCCACACCUGCGCUCACCAGCACUGUAUGUACCUUGGUACCAGAAAAUGUACCUUGAUCUUGCUGCCCUUAUAUUGGCUGGAUUAAUAGCUAUUAAAAUAGUUUUAAAACGAUUGUUUUGUUCAAAGACGAGUAUAACUUCUGAAAAGAAAUAUAACUAAAAAGAGCAUUUGUAAGUGUAUGUAUUUGGGAAAUAAAAACAAUUUGAAAACGGAUUUUGUG